GCACGGGCGAGGUUUCAAGUGCGGGCUGUGCGGCUACCGCCUGGAGUGGACGCCUCGGGAGCAGGAGGGCGGUGCUCCAGCCGAACGGCCCGAGUCGGCGGCUCAGGCAGCCCGUCGGGCCGCUGCCACGGCGGAGAAGACCAUCCAGAUGCUUCAGGAGAAAGAGGGUUUCGUCGACGGCGCAGCGACCCUCAACGCCGUGAACGGGAUCUCGGCGAUGAUGACGUCUCUCUCCCACCAUCUUCAGAAUCUACCCGAGGGACUGCAGCUACUGGCCAACAUCCAGCCGGUCGUCGAGCAGAUGCAGCAGCUGGUGGCGUCCAAUCAGAUCGGCAGCAACAGCCAGCUGGAGGAGGGACUCAAGCAGGUGUACCAGUCGGUGGUCCACGUCCAACGCAUGCUAGGCGUCUUCGAGAAUUUCGGGGAGUCCAUCGACUCGAUUGCCGAUCAAUUGACCGCGAUGCAGCUCGAGACAACGUCGAUGCACCAGGCAGUCGAUCACAUGCUGAAUCUUUUAGUGCAGGUAGCAUCAUCUGUCACCGCAAUGGCGCAUGCGAUGAAUCAGCACGCAAUGGCCAGCUCCAGCAGCGGGAGCGGCUGGCAGAGUGGAGAUCCGUGGACUCCCACGGCACCAGCCUGGACGGCGCCUCUAGCGCAGCCGCCGGCCAAGAUGCCUCCUGCCAAGCCGUUCCCAGCUCAGGCGACGGAGAUCUGUUCGAUCCCAGAGGGUUCAGAGGAGGAGGACACGACCUCCUCCACUACCACAUCGGUCGGCACGUGGGACUUGGUGUAGAUCAGUCCCCUUGCCAUUGCUACUCUCGCCACAGGGCGAGGGA